UUCCAAAUAGAUAAAUUCUGUGUAUUGAUUAAAUCAAAACUUGAGGCGUCUGAAGAUAAACAGAUGUUAAAACCGCACAUAAAUAUUAACAUCAAUUUUUUUUUUCAUCCACAGGUGCCCAGUAACAAAAGCUUGAAGACAUGUCCCUGGAAGAGAAAUUCAACGAAUCUGCCGAACGGGUGAAGACCUUCACCAAGCGGCCCACGGAUCAGGAACUGCUGGAACUGUACGCCCUCUACAAGCAAGGCACCGUGGGGGACAACAACACCGACAAGCCGGGAAUGUUCGACCUCAAGGGAAAGGCCAAGUGGCAGGCGUGGUCCGACAAGAAGGGCACCACCCAGGACGCCGCCAAGGAAGCCUACAUCAAGCUGGUCGAGGAAUUGACCGCCAAGUACCAGUGAA